AUGCAGGAUGGUGCCCCAUUCCCUUCCCGUCAGCUGAGAGAGUGCUCUGUUCUCUUCCGCGAGCUUGUGGACUACAUGAACCCGCUCCUGACUCUCAUUGACAGCGGCUCGUGCGACGGCGAUGAGUACGCUCUUAUUAUUCCCCCUAAUAGCGACAUUGAGCGUUGUGUGACGAGAUUUUGCAUGCAAUCACGAGGAGGAAAGCAGCGCAUCAUCCGGCGAGUUCCACAGAGUGUCGUCCGCCGGCAUCUGCUGCAUGGUCGGAGUCUCGCUGACAUGUCAAACUUGGCUGGAGACACCGUGCGUGUUGAUUUACGCCGCUCCUCCAACAGCGGUAACAGCACCAGUGAAGUCUCUCUGUUGGGAUACAUCACACUACAGCAUGCAGGAGGAGCUGUACGCCGGGUAGGCAUUCAGUGGAGGGAACCGUACGGGGCAAACAACCGGUUUUCUGUUCUAUUUGUUGAUGGUGCUCUUCUGGACGAUGAAUUGGUGGCAUCCGUGAAGGUUCCAGCGAUGCAUUCUGGCGUCCACAAUCAUGUCUGGUCACGGCUACACAAGCCUACCACCACCAAUGAGACGCCAGCCUUUGAACAGUACAAAGGCGAUGAAAAUGCACUACGGUCCUUUCUGGAGGAAAUUGUCAAUCGGAAAAGUGAGGAAAACGACAACAGUAAACGUUUGCGGAAACAACUGGACGAGGCCCUCUUGUAUGUAGAGACAGAGGUGGGUAUUAUGCUCUUGUCUUAUGUCUGCAUGCCGGGAUACGAGCAGCUCAUCGUUGCAAAGGUUCACCAGAUUGUCACGACCGGAGCGGAUGCUGCGACAAGCGACUGCUGCUUCUCGGAGGAAGACAGGGAGGACAUCCUCGUUUCCUUUCACACGAUAGUGAGUGGUGCCUUGAGUCGAAAGCUCGUGCCUCACUGGGACAAUAUGAUGCAGAGAGAAAACAUCGCUUUCAAUCACGCCUGCCGGACACUAAAGCAGGCUUACCCCUUCCGCCAUUUUCUCCCGCGUUCACUUCCGUUGGUACCCGAGAGCUGUUUUGCGAGCGCGAUUCGAUUAGUGAGGCUCCUGGAGAGUGAUUCUCUUAGUGCUCUGUCCUUGAUGCGAGUAAUGGAGGGGGCGCUGAAUACCCUCAUGGAUGCGCUUGCAGCACAUGACUGCAGUGCGAACUCGACGGCAGACGUGUGCAUCUCUCUCGCAGUUGCUCUCGUCGUUGCGGCGGAGCCUGUGCUUCUCCCUGCGCGUAUUCGCUAUAUCACUGAUUUCGGUCUGGUGGCCAUGGAGAUGUCUGCCGCUGGCUACGCAGUGACAACCUUUGAAGCAGCCUCAACGCAAAUAAUGGAAGAGUACCGCCUUCACAUUAGUGCAGUGUAG